AUGACGGGGAAAGCGAGCACAGUCCUCUCAGAAACUUUAAACAUCCCGGACAAGACCACUGUGGGCGCGAACCAGCCACCGAAGACCAGCGGCGUUAACCCGCCCACAAGGUGCACGGGCUUCGGCAUCCAGGAGAUUCUGGGGCUCAACAAGGAACCGUCAGUGGCCCCGCGAAGCCCCUUGCGCACGCUGCCGGCUGGGGCGCACCUCAUCACCGCCAGAUCUGUGCUGGGUCCCGGUGUGGGCGUGGGAAUGGGACUGCUCGGUCCAGGAGCUAUCCCCUCGUUUUACAGCCAGCCGGCGUUUUUAGAGACGGUUCUGUCGGAGGCACAAGACGUUCACCUACAGCCGCGGCACAGGACUCUAGGCCCGCUGGAACAGACCCACUCUGCCAGCUCAGACUCGGAAGAUCUGUCUUCAAAUGAGCACAAAGUCUCAAAGUCCUCGGUGAACCAGAGCAAAAAGCGUAAGAAGAGGCGACACCGGACGAUAUUUACCUCCUACCAGCUGGAAGAACUGGAAAAGGCCUUUAACGAAGCGCACUAUCCAGAUGUUUACGCACGAGAGAUGCUGGCCAUGAAGACGGAGCUGCCUGAGGACAGGAUACAGGUGUGGUUCCAGAACCGCAGGGCCAAGUGGAGGAAGAGGGAGAAGUGCUGGGGCCGCAGCACUGUCAUGGCGGAGUACGGUCUGUACGGAGCCAUGGUCAGACACUCCAUCCCUCUGCCCGAGUCCAUCCUUAAGUCUGCUAAAGAUGGCAUCAUGGAGUCCUGUGCACCCUGGCUGCUCGUCCAAGAUGGCUUACCAAUCAACAGGCGCUAUUCUAAAUCUGAAUACCCGCCACUUUUUGCAGGGAUGCACAAAAAGUCUAUGGAGGGCGGCGCUCCCCAGGCCCCGGGACAGUGUGACUCCCCGCAGCAGCCGGGCCCCCAGAGAGACGACGAGACGGAGGCGGAGGACAAGAGGGCGGAGAGCAAGUCCGUCAUGUCCAAAGAGGAGCUGAGAGAAAACAGCAUCGCCGCACUGAGGGCCAAAGCGCAGGAGCAUAGUGCCAAAGUGCUGGGGACAGUGUGUCAAAGCAAAAAUGAAAGACAGUCGGAUGAAGAAAGACCAAGUGAAGCUCCAGACAGUCCUAUAGAGGAGCCUACAAGUCCCUGA